ACCGAAACUCGAUUUUCGGACCUGGCAACCCUGCGUAUAGCAGAUCAAAAUAAAAACAUUCGUCGUCAAACAAUCCAGAUUUUUAUGUUGCAUUUCGGUGCUACGCUAAGUGGAUUAAUCGUGAUAUUUUGAGAUACGUUCAGAAGAGUUACAAGAUGAGUUCGAAGAAACACGAUUUGGAGAUUGUGUACAGUUUGCGAUGGAAAAACCGGACGAAGCGAGAGGAAAGCAAGGAAAUGUCGGUCGUUGUCGUCGUCUACGAUAUUCCAUCGACUACGUUGAAUUUCGAAACUUUCAAAAACUACCUGCUGAAGAACUCCGGAACACCUGAGGACGACGUCAGAGUCUACUUCAUCAUGGACAAUGGCAAAGAAUACCUCAUUCAGUCGCAGACCGAUUUUCAAGUGGCCCUGUAUGCCUUCAGGCGCAAAGCGCGAGCUGGUGAAAUGAUCAAUUUGUUGCUGGAGAGAGUCUCCGAACAGCCAACGCACAAAAACUUGCGCCAUUCAAACGACGUGGAAACUCAAUUUGACAAUGUGGAUGCGACUUCGAUUCUCUCAACUUGCUGCAAUGCUGAUACCGCUCCAGAAUGGUUUAUCGCAGGGUUGGCGCAACUGAAGAAAGAAAUCAAAGACGAAAUCACAUCAAAUGUGUCAACACUCAUUGCAAGUGCAGUCGCCGAGAUUAAAUCACCAUGUCUGGCCCCUGUUCCAGCUCAACAUGCGUCUUGCAGCAACAGGGCGAGAGCCAAGCCCUACAAAUGGUCCAAAAAGUUGACUCCCCAAUUAGUCGAGAAUAUUACCGACACCAAAGUCCUGCUCAAAUCCUUGAAAUUGGAAAACAAGCUGGACAAGCUGGAGCGCAAAGCUUCAAAGUAUCGUGAAAAGCGCCAUGCAUUGCAACACGGCCAAAAGUCGAGCGAUAAUGCCCCCAAGUCCAGCGACAGCGAGGCUGGACCUUCGAAAAGCAACAGCAGAUCAAUUGGCAAAGAGAUAAAGCGCAAGUUGGAAGAACAUCAACGCAAGCAGGAAGAACCAAUCGCUCAUCAGCAAUCAGAUGAGCCUAAAAUGGGCGCUCGGCCUGUUAGUAGACAGAGAUCCGUGCCUCACAUGGUAGGAGGCGAGAUUUACCUGCAUCAGUGGGAAGUUCAGAAUACCGGCGAGGCCCAAUGGACACUCAUGACCCAACUGCAGUACACUUGGGGCUCCAAGAAGCUGAUCCCGUUAAGUCAGUACAUUACUGUGCCGCACUUGAAACCUGGGGAAAUAGGGACAAUUUCGAUUCGCUUGCAUAUUCCCACUCACCCCGGGAUUUACGAAUGUUACUGGCAAUUCUUGCACAAGGGACGUCGUUUCGGCGACUGGUUAGAUGUUCAAGUUAUUGUCGAUCCUUUUGACCUAAAAGGACAUUCUUCUGUUCUGGAACAUUCCGGCCCGCAGGCGUGCCAUUUUAUUAACCCGAGUGAGCUUCAAGAAAAUGUAGGAAAAAUCAGUGAAUCCGACCAAAUCCUAUUGCAAGCAGGCCUGUUUGUACAAACUCCUGGUUACAAAUCCCUGCAGGAUCAGGAUACAAUCGACAGGUUCAAAGUUUUACAUCAAAUGGGGAAAAUGAGCUUGGAGGAUGAAGCUAAGUCUGAAUUACUCAACAGACUGAUUAAGGAGGAUGACGUCGAUUCUGACUGCAGCUGGAAUUCCGAGCGUGCACAUGUUGACGAGUUCGUAUUGAUGCCUCCAGUCCCUCAAUCCUUUGUGCUGGACUCUCCCGACACCACUAAGACUCAAGCUAAGACUCCGGCAAAACAAGUUAACGCAGAGUCAAGUGCUGUCACGUCCGAUUUGAAAACCAACAAAGCCGGUAGCUCUGAAAGCUUUGAUGAUAACAACAAUACUGACUGCGUGUCCAGAUCAUCGGUAAACUCUAUUAAAUUUAGAGACGAAGAGUUGGACAAUAUUGUGGUUAUUACCCUACCAAAGGACGAACAAGUCAAAGAAGGUUUCAUAUACGUGCAUGUCGAUGGGCAGAAAGUGCUUGUUCCCAAGAAUAUUUUGAAAUCCGAAAUCAUCUCUGCGGCUCAGGAGUUUAACAAUUAUCGAAGCGGAAGCAGCUCCGCUGGAAUCGUAAUUGAUGCGAGUGAGACUCUAAACAAAUCACCUACGCCAUCGCUUGCCUCGACGAUAAUCAAUCAAGAUACUGAAGUAAACGGGGCGAACAAACCAAAGCAAGAAAACUUGAUUUCGGCAGAGUCCCUGGAGCUGUUCUGCGACAUGCAAGAAUAUCCCUCUUGUGCCCAACAGGCGGUCGAUUUAACGGUGGGUCCAAAGGAUACUUUUGAUACCAGCACUAUCGAUGAGGCUCUAGAUAGAAGCAGCUAUUUCGAGGCCAACAACUUUAUGUCUCAUUGUUCAGCUGCUGGCUCCUGUUUCUCAGAGUUUAACACCAACGCUGAAAGGCAAACUAGAAUGUUCGUUUUCCCUCAGGAUGUUCCUGGAUACGAGGUCAUUUAUCCUACAUUGGACAUCAAUCCUGAAGAGGCCACUCUAACCACUGACAGUUGCGUUGCACCCAAGCCGAACCAACCUGCCAGUGUGCUUGCGCAGGAGGCGAUUUCGCAUCCAUUGGAAGCAGUGCCGAAUUAUCAGCAAACACCGGUUGAACUUCGCAGAUCUCCGGUUCAGUCACCACAAGCGACUGUGCGAGAAACGGAACCCGCCGCAAGCACACACCCGCUUCAAGAACCCAUCCCCGAACUGACCGCGCAACAUCGACCCAAUGCUGAUAAUGGAUGGGUUUCAGCCUCCCGCCCUCACAUUCUACCAGAAGGUUUGGUUUCUGGGGCUGUUAGUGCUGCCCGAUCAGUAAUGAAUAUGAUUCGACCUCAGUCUCCAGGCCGCUGGGUUAACGGGCAUUGGGUGAGCUCCAGCCCUGAAACUCCGCGUGAAGCUAAUUUGCAGGCGCUGGCUGAGAUGGGUUUUUGGAACCGCGACUUGAAUGCCACCCUCUUGGCCCGAUACAGCGACGACUUGAACCGCGUCGUAGCUGAGCUGGUGCAGUAGAAAACAAACUUUAGCUCAUUGUAGCGGCUAAGCACUUCACUCCUAUUUAGAGCGGAUGAAACGGAGCUGUUCGGUCUGGUUUUAGUGACUUUUAGUUACCUUGUGUUUGGUAUUUUGUUUUCUAUUUUAAUUAUUCCAUUUGAUAAUCGCAUAUUAGUUAAUUUUUAACAUUCGUGGUUGGGAGUAGUGUUUUGCUUUGGGCGGUACGCCCUGAACUUAGAUUAGUCUCGAUUACUCGAUCGAUCUGUAUUUAUGAUGAUCUUGUAAACCCCAUUAAAACGUAUAUAUUA